AUGAUUUUUGCCAUCUUGGCUGUUGUUCUUAAAUGGCAUGAAACAUACGGCCCAAUUAUUUCCGUGUACCUCGGUCAACAACGGGUGAUCAUUCUUGGAUCCUAUGAUUGCGUCCACAAACUUUUGAUCAACAGAGGGGCACUGUAUAGCUCUCGGCCCGAGUACUACAUCGAAGGCGUAGGCAGUCAUUUUCACAGUGUUGCACUCCCAUACGGGCGUCAAUGGCGACGUCAGCGAGAGAUAAUCAAUUCCUUUCUGAGUCCACGACACUGCAAAAGCUAUCGAAUCUUGCAGGACUUGGAGAGCAAACAGCUCGUUCAAUGA